UAUGGAUAAAUUUCCUUUUUUAAAAGAAUAUACUCGUAAAAAUGAAGAAAUGUUUGCUCAAAAUCAGAAGAGAGAUAAGAAAGACAAGAAAUGGGAGGAGAAAUUCUAAUGGAACGGGCAAAGUUAUGAUCACUUGAUCAAAGACUCCUUCUUCGAAAACCCAUGGAAGAAGUUUACAUGA